CAGAAAGCCCAAGGGAGAGAAAGACCUUCACAUUCUUUGCAAAUGUUGAGCAGCAUAUUCGGUUAAUUCGGAGAGAAAAAAAGCGAGACUGAUAAUCAGCGUCUGUUAACGAUCCGCCCGAGUGGUUACCAUGGUUAAUGAGACAUUCUGCUCCUGGGAUCCUAAGUUUGAGGAUCAGGCAAUUAAUGUGAACGUUGGAGGCCUAAAGAGAAAGCUCAGAUCCAGCACCCUUUCCCGAUUCCCCAACACCAGACUCGGGCAGCUGUUGACCUGUGACUCAGAAGAGUCCAUUCUCCGGAUAUGUGACGACUACGAUGUGUCGAAGAAGGAAUUCUAUUUCGACAGACACCCUGGGCUUUUCCCGUACGUGUUGAACUUUUACCAGACCGGGAAGUUGCACAUGAUGGAUGAUCUUUGCGUUUUCUCCUUUUCGCAGGAGAUUGAAUACUGGGGCAUCAAUGAAUUCUUCCUCGAUUCCUGCUGCAGGUACCGCUACCACGAGCGUAAAACCGAGAGCAGGCGCAGAAACUGGGAUGACGACAGUGAUGUGAGCAGUAUCGAGACCUCUCCAGAUGAGAUCUUGGACUUCAACCGAGACUUGCUACUAUUCCGUGGCUUGAAGUACGGGAACUGCAGGAAGCAGCUCUGGCUAACCCUGGAGAACCCAGGCUACUCCAUCCCAAGUAGACUUUUCAGCUUCCUCUCCAUCAGUGUGGUUCUGGGCUCCAUUGCCACCAUGUGCAUUCACAGCAUGCCCGAGUAUCAGAUUCUAGACCAAAACAACAACGAGAUUGAUGAUCCCAGGUUACAGAUUGUGGAGCAGUUCUGCAUUGCCUGGUUCACCAUGGAAGUCUGUUCCCGCCUGCUCCUGAGCCCUAACAUUAAGAAAUUUUGUUGCCACCCACUCAAUAUUAUCGACAUAAUUUCCGUCUUACCGUUUUACUUCACCCUGCUGGUUCACCUGAUCCUCAGACGUACGACAGAUCUGGAAAAUCUGGGGAAGGUGGUCCAAGUCCUGAGGUUGAUGAGGAUCUUUAGGGUGCUCAAGCUAGCACGCCACUCGACAGGACUCCGAUCAUUGGGAGCAACCUUAAAGCACAGCUACCGAGAGGUAGGGAUCCUCCUGCUGUACUUGGGCGUAGGAGUCUGUGUCUUCUCUGGGAUGGCGUAUACAGCUGAAAAGGAUGAAGAUGUCGGACUGGACACUAUUCCAGCCUGCUGGUGGUGGGGUACAGUAAGCAUGACUACGGUGGGCUAUGGGGAUGUGGUGCCCAUCACCGUGGCGGGCAAGCUGGCCGCCUCAGGCUGUAUCCUUGGGGGCAUCUUAGUGGUGGCACUGCCCAUCACCAUCAUCUUCAACAAGUUCUCCCACUUCUACCGACAGCAGAAGGCGCUGGAGGAGGCAGUGAGGAGCAGCCGCCUGAAGGGAAAUGAGUCGGAGGACGAUGGAGGGGGAGAGGGGAAACUGUCGGAGGUGGAGGAGGAUCACGGUCGGGCACACGAGCAGGGAUCACGAGAUUCCGACAGACUGGAGAAUGAAGCACCAACUACAAACUCUCAUCUGAUGAAGAUGAACAAGGGACAGGGGUCAAGGAAAUCAGGUUCAAAAUGACAAGUUUGCUUCCUGUGGGAUUUGUGCGUUGCUGGCGAGGCCAGUAUUUAUUGCCCAUCUCUAGAAACUGGUGAUGAACUUUGAGACAGCAAGUGUUCACUCAUGGGACCUUCUGAACAGG